UCCUCUCUCUGGUCAGCGGCAAAAGCGAACGAGUAGACGAUCCUGAUGAUUAAAGCCGAGGUAGAGUAGUUUGACUGCAGGGAUUUCCCGUGCGACAGUGCAGCUGGGGAUCCUUUAUGGCCAGGGGCUUCUGACCAUGUCUGCAGCUGAGGAGGAGGCGAGGCAUCUUCCCUGUUCUUCAGCUGGUUUCGACACUAAUAUAUUCACCCUCUGAUGUUUAAGCAACUUUUGGAGGAUGCAGACACAGGCAUUGAGUCCUGUCUUUCUAACAAGGAGCAGACUUCUCAAAGGCCUGCGGAGGAGACAUCGGAUCUUCAAGCAAAUUCUGGUAGCUGGAGUUUCCCGAUAACAGAUAAAAUUAUUUGACCACCAUGAGUUGGAGUUUUCUGACCCGUCUGUUAGAGGAGAUCCACAAUCACUCAACCUUUGUUGGCAAAAUCUGGCUGACAGUGUUGAUUGUAUUUCGGAUUGUCCUAACUGCUGUGGGUGGAGAAUCCAUUUAUUACGAUGAACAAAGCAAGUUUGUGUGCAACACGGAGCAGCCUGGCUGCGAGAAUGUUUGUUACGAUGCUUUUGCUCCUCUUUCGCAUGUGAGGUUUUGGGUCUUUCAGAUCAUUCUUGUUGCCACUCCCUCUGUGAUGUAUUUAGGCUACGCAAUUCAUAAAAUUGCCCGGAUGGUGGAACACAGCGAAGUCGACAGAAGAAUCAGAAGCAAAAGCUUUUCCAUGCGCUGGAAACAACACCGCGGCUUAGAGGAAACUGAGGAGGACCACGAGGAAGACCCGAUGAUGUACCCAGAAAUAGAGCUGGAAAGUGAACGGGAGAAUAAAGAGCAGCAGGCCCCUGCCAAAGCUAAGCAUGAUGGCAGGCGGCGAAUCCGUGAAGAUGGACUCAUGAAAAUUUAUGUGCUGCAGCUUCUGGCGAGGACUACGUUUGAAAUUGGCUUUCUCGUGGGUCAGUAUUUUUUGUAUGGCUUUGAGGUCAGCCCCAUAUUUGUGUGCAGCAGGAAGCCGUGCCCGCACAAGAUAGAUUGUUUCAUUUCAAGGCCAACCGAAAAGACCAUUUUCCUGCUAAUAAUGUAUGGGGUGAGCUGCAUGUGUUUACUUUUGAAUGUCUGGGAGAUGCUCCAUUUGGGAUUUGGCACAAUCCGGGACACGUUGAACAAUAAGGGAAAAGAGCUGGAAGACUCUGGUACCUAUAACUACCCUUUUACUUGGAAUACGCCAUCUGCUCCUCCUGGCUAUAACAUCGCGGUCAAGCCAGAGCAAAUGCAAUAUACUGAACUGUCCAACGCCAAAAUGGCCUACAAACAGAACAAAGCCAACAUAGCUCAGGAACAGCAGUAUGGAAGCAACGAAGAAAACAUUCCUGCCGACCUGGAAAAUCUGCAGAGGGAAAUUAAAGUGGCUCAGGAGCGCCUGGACCUCGUGAUCCAGGCUUACAACAACCAAAACAAUCCCGGCAGUUCCAGAGAGAAGAAAUCCAAAGCAGGCUCAAACAAAAGCAGUGCUAGUAGCAAGUCAGGAGAUGGGAAGAACUCUGUCUGGAUUUAAUGUUGGCUGAGUUUAUAUAUUGUGUUUUUUCUCCUAGUUUAUCAUAACCAGCAACCCCUUGAAUAAUGGCUUCCAUUAAGUAAAUAUUUGACUCUGCUUAUUUUCAGGGAUACCGUUGGCUAGUGAUUCAACCUCUCAGAAAGGGUUUAUACGCAUAUUCUAGGAUUAUAGAACUUUAUUCUUCUGUCUUCCAAGUCAGGAGACAAAUAGGUAUAUUUAAAUCAUUCUCAUUGAACGGUUUAUGCUGUAUGUACAGUAUUCUAGUACAUUUAUUAUGCACAAUUUUUUGUAUUUGUACACUGGAUCUCUGAUGUUACACUUUUUUAUAUUAACGAGGAGAAAGCAAUGGGUAGCCGUUAGCAUUUUGCUAGUUUUAUUACUGUGGUCCGCAGUUUCAUCGUUGUUCUUCCUUGUUUUAAACGUAAAACUUUCUAUGCUGCGUUUCAAAAGUGCCUUGAACAUGCACACAGCACAGAGGAGUCUCCGGUUAUCCAGGCAGCCAACGGGUGCCAGUCACUGAGCAGCAGAGCAGUGAAAGAUUUGGAAAACAUCUGUUAAUGGUGCUCUUGACUCUGUCUUUUACAAAAAUGAUGUGCUACUUAUAAAAUGCAAGUGUCAUACUGUAACUGUUACGUGCUACGGUUUUUUUCGCCCUAUGGAAAAUAACUUACAGGAAAAAUGUACGUGUGUGAGAGUACUUGUGUUCAGAGUAAGAGUGCCAGCCGUAACACAGAGAGGGCUCAGACCUCUCUGCAAGCUUUAUGCAACAGGAGGGAAGAGAGACUUCAAACUCUUGUAAAACAUCCAAAAAAAGGUAAAUAGACAUUACUGGAUUCGGUAGUUCCACAUAUUUAUGUGGUAUCUAUGGAAAUGGACGUUCCUGCGGUCUGUUGUUACACAACACCCUGCUCCCCAAGGGCAUGAGGUUGUUAUGAUACCUUUUGGAUAAGAUUUCUGUCUUUUCCAAAGUAAUCUGGUUAGAUGGAGUCAUGGUAAUUUUGUUUCUCUGUGCAUUACACUCGAGGAAUAACCUUCCUCCCCCCCAGCCAGGACACACGAGCUGUCUGUAGGAGUUUUUACAAAGCCCUUUCUGAAUAUCAGUGAUACUGCCUUAUUCCAGACCCCUCUUCCUUCCAUUAUGUCUGAAAAAUUUUGUUCAGACAGAGCAAUAUGUGUAAUUUAGAUUUCUGCUUGAGAGACCAGUCAGAUUUGGCAUUCUGUGGUUUUGGCAUUAAACUUGAAUUUAUAAUUAGAAAAAGGAGAAUGCGGUAUUUACUGCCUUUGGCGGUGUCUUUUUGGCAAGGAUAUGCAUUAAUGUUUCAGAGAUGCUGAUAAAUGUGUAUGCUUUUUGCUACUAUUUAUAAUGUAUUCAAGACCUUGCUCCGCUCUCUUUUUUUGUUAGUUUUUCAUGUGUUUUAAUAUAUUUUGGGGGCCUGUUUCAAGCGGGACUGUUCUGUUUCGAGCCUACCUCAGUCCUUAGUGCCCUCAUUACAGCCUGGUCAGGAACAGGAUUGAGAAGUAAGGCUCCGUGGAGGACGCAGGUAAACCUGUACUCCAUUCCUGUACCGCAGAACAUCGAAGCGUAGGCUUUACAUUAAAUUUAAACUAAGGGGAUACGAGCACAUGCUUGCAGUUAUCUUCUACCCAAGCACUUGCUGAAAACAGGUAUUUUGCUGACUUGUUUUCAGUCUGUUUUCACUCUGGGACACCAGGGAGUCCAGGCGUAGAUCCCAGCUAUCUCUCAUCUCUGCUUUAGAGAGGCGUAAGUGUGCCCAGAGCCAACGCAACCCUCUGCACGAGGUCAGCGAGAGCUUCUCCAGUUCACCUCCAGCAGAGACGUUUGGAAGCGAACUUGCUGUCUGGCUUUUUGUUUAGCAGUAGCUCCUGGCCGCUACUCCGGGAAAGGAGCAACCUCUGAAUUUUAUGCAGAAAAAGUUUCAGGGUGAUGUCUUUAAGUAAGUAUGAGUAAGUAACACAGUAAGUAUAUAGCAGUUUUUAAAAGCUUAAGUGGACUUGCUAGCCAGUGAGAUGAGACUAGCUGUGUGGGGUGAGAGGGAGUGUAUUAAUAGUGGUCCUCUAAUUAAACAGGAGCCUGAAGAGAAGCACGCUGCUUGAAGAUGGGCAGAGAGGCUUUGCCAGCAGAAAGCUGGGAGUCUGAUGGAGGAGCUGGGUGGAAAACAUGUUGUCUGAAAGUACUAGGGAAAGACAUUUGGAGCCUGGAGAUAAACGCAGAUGCGUGGCUACAAUCCACUCAUUAUCCCCUGACACUGGGGUGUUCUUUUCAGCUUCCCAAAAGCUGAAAAGUUGCUCUUAACCCUUUGCCGUGGUUUCGGAACAGCCUUUCACCAGCUGAAUGGCAAGAAGUGAAAAUCCUUUCCCCUUGCUGCUCUCUACGCAAACUGCAGUGAUUUCUUAUUAAUGGCUUAAAAUAAAAUUGGUUCAUGACGGCUGCUUCACCCAUUGUUUGUAUUGGCCCUUCCCCAAUUAACGAUCUGAACCGUUACCCCCUUAAAGCUACUGUCUCAGGUCAGUCCUGUGAGCUUUUGUCCACACCAGUAAAUACUCCCGUUAGUGUAUAGAAUAUUCCAAUCCCAGCACUGAAUUCAUUCCGAAAAUGCAAAGUAAUGGAGCUGUUUCUAUUACUGGUUUUUUGUUUUCAUUUUAAUUGUGUAUAAAGUGCACAUUUUCUUUGAAACUGAGUGUUUGUUAUUAGCAGAGGAUGUCUGUUAAAGCUCUAAAUGUUCAUGUCUGUGACUGUAUUCAGUUUCAAAGUGUCGGGCUUGAUUUUUCCUUUUGAAGAAAUGAUACAUGCAUUACUUUAAAAUGCUCUCUUGCUUUGGCUUAAUGUAGGCCAUUCCAAAAUAAAUGUUCAGAAGAGACUUUUGGACAAAAAAUACUGAACAUAACUUGGGUUUGUCUUGUCAUUCUCUGGUUUUGGUUGCAGUUUGGAAAAAAAAUAAUCUAUUAAAUCCAGUGGAUUACUCCAGUCCGAGUGAGACGGCUUCUUUUUUCCAGCAAUAUGCUGCGAAUAUGUGAGUGAGGGAGAGGGAUAUGUUAAUGAUUUU